GAUCAGCCUAAAGAGAUGCAUCUACUGUUUGAUCAGAGAGAUUACAUCAAAGGAAUUACGUUUAUUUUGCAUGAUGGAUCAAGAGAAGAUUUCCUGGAUUUUGGUGGAUCUCCUCAAUACAUUGCUCCAGAAUUAUCUGUUCAAACAAAAUUCAAUCCUGAAAAGGCUGAUAUUUGGGCACUGGGCAUUUCAUUAUACCGCAUGCUGAAUGGUAGAUACCCUUUCUUCGACAGCGAGGGUGAUUAUUUCAUAUCUCAUAAGGAGUUGUUUAAAAAGAUGUUGAAGUCAGAAUUUGAUAUACCC